UUCGGUCCUCUCUCUCUCUCUCUCUCUCUCUCUCUCUAACAGAAUAUACUCUCUGCCAAGGCAUCAUUCCCCUCAAAAUCUUUUGACGCUGUUCUGAUAUGGAGAUGGAACGCGUUACCGAACUGACGAUGGAUCGGCGGCCGAGAAAAAGGCCGCGUUUGGGUUGGGAUGUCCUUACUCAACCCCCUAAGGCUCAGCUAGGAUUGUUUACUGCUCAAGAGAUUGAGGAUGUGUCAAGCUAUGCACCUUCAAGGGCGCUCUUGGAACAUCCUAGUACAUUGUUUGUUAAGACUUUGGCACAUAAUGGUUCUCCCCCAUGGCGAGAAGAUGACAAAGAUGGCCAUUAUGUGUUUGAGAUCGGAGAACAUAUAACUUCUCGCUAUAAGAUCCACCGCAAGAUGGGUGAAGGUACCUUCGGUCAGGUUUUGGAGUGUUGGGACAGGGAAAAGAAUGAAAUGGUAGCCAUUAAAAUUAUACGUAGUAUAAAGAAGUAUCGUGAUGCAGCUAUGAUUGAGAUUGACGUGCUCCAAAAACUCGGUAGACAUGACAGAGAUGGCAAUCGUUGUGUUCAAAUACGGAACUGGUUUGACUAUCGUAACCAUAUCUGUAUCGUCUUUGAGAAGCUUGGACCAAGUUUAUACGAUUUCCUACGCAAAAACAAUUAUCGCUCAUUUCCCAUUGAUCUUGUCCGUGAGAUUGGAAGACAACUGUUGGAAUGUGUAGCAUUUAUGCACGAUUUGCACCUCAUCCAUACAGACCUGAAGCCGGAGAAUAUUCUUCUAGUCUCACCAGAAUAUGUAAGAGUUCCUGAAAAGAUAUCGUCAAGAUCUGCAAAGGACAGUACGUACUACAAGAGAAUUCCAAAAUCAAGUGCUAUCAAGGUUAUUGAUUUCGGCAGCGCAACAUACGACAAGCAAGAUCAGACCUACAUUGUCUCGACCAGACAUUAUCGAGCUCCUGAAGUCAUCUUAGGGCUUGGAUGGAGUUACCCUUGCGAUAUAUGGAGCGUUGGCUGCAUUUUGGUUGAACUUUGCUCGGGUGAUGCUUUAUUCCAAACACACGAUAACUUGGAGCACCUAGCAAUGAUGGAACGAGUGCUCGGCCCUUUGCCUCAGCACGUGCUAAAGAAAGCCGACCGACAUGCCGAGAAGUAUGUAACAAGGGGCAGGCUAGACUGGCCAUAUGGAGCGACUUCUAGAGAAAGUUUAAGAUCGGUGCUGAAGUUGCCGAGGCUACAGAAUGUAAUAAUGCAACACGUGGAUCACUCGGCCGGGGAUCUUAUCCACUUAUUGCAGGGGCUUCUGAAAUACGAUCCUGCGGAACGGCUGUCUGCACAGGAGGCUUUGAGACACCCCUUUUUCAAUAGGGAUCGGUUGCGGAGGUAAUGAAAAAAUUUCGGAAUUUCCGGAAGCUACGUAAGUAAUGCAAUGACGUCAAAGUUUCGGGUUAGAUAUAUAGGGAUUAAUUAGAUUGAACAGUGAGAUUGAUUGUGUGUGUUUGUGGUGUAAAUUUUACAACUUUGCAUCAAAGUUUGUUUGAUCAUCCAAUUUCAUUGAUUAUUGAUUUGGGAUUUGCUGUGA